AUUGCACAAGGAGGUAUGUCAAUACUUGAGUACAAUGCUAGAAUAUCAAAACUCGGAAAACUUGCUGGAUUACCAGAAUCAAAAAUAAGAGAGCAGUAUAUUCGGGGAUUAAAUCCUAUGAAUCAAUACAAUGUCCGCAUGAUGGCUAAAUACCAUAAUACUAGAAAUAAUAUUACAAAAGCAUUAGUUGAAGCGGAAAAAUUUUCACUACUGCAAGGCAACUUUCCAUUCCCACCUUCUGGAGGUCAAGUGCUUACUCCCUAUGAAAAAACGGGUUUGAAAGGAACUAUUGCUAAAGGACAGCAAACUUUGAAGAAACCCCCUGGACCAGGGAAACGAAAAGCUGAUGAUCUUGCUAUAAACCGUUUUUUAGAUAGUUUUAUCGAUGACACAGAUUUAUCAGAAGAAGCUUAUGACUAUGAUCCCAUUGAAGAUUUGAGAAAACAAUUUGAGGAUUUGGAUAUCAAUCAAGCAAAACUAGCUCAAAUAAUACAUGCAUCUAAGGCUGAAAUAAAUGGUCUUUGUGAAAAGUUGCAAAUGCGUUAUGAAAAGCUACUCGAAUAUAUCUCCUCUAGAGAUGAUAGCGUAAAUAAAGAAAAGUUAGACUAA